GAAUUUUGUGGUGAAAUUACCACAAGUAUUGGUAUUUUAUUUUAUUUUUUAAACACAAAAGUCAUGUCUUUAAUAUCGUCUCAUUACGGUCUUGUGGUAACAAUGAUGACAGCACUGGCACUAUCGGCGUUCAAUAAGUAUCUGAAAAGAUAUCCGUACCGAUUGACCGAUCAAUCGGCCAACAAAUCGGUCGACCAAUUGGCCAAAAAGUUGGCCGACAAUGAAUACAAGUCGUGGAAGUGGCGAAACAUAACCAUAGCAUUCAUGCAUUCAAUUAUAUCGUCGUUUUGGGGACUCUUUGCUCUGAUAAUAGAUCCCGAAGUGGCACUGGAUAUGAUUGACAGGACAUCAGUAAACUCCUAUUUGGUGUUAUGCUUUUCAAACGGCUAUUUCAUCUACGACUUGCACCUGUCGCUGACCAAUCUGUCCUAUAAGGGACGGUCGGAGAUAAUACUUCAUCACUUACUGACCAUUUCGUGUCUGACAGUCAGUACUGUUACCAAACGUUUUAGCGGCUACUGUCUGACAGCCCUGACAGUCGAGGUGUCCAAUAUAUUCUUGCAUUGGCGACAACUACUAUACCUGUCGGACGUACCCAACGAUAGCAAAACUUAUCGUCUAAAUAGUAUUAUACUUAUAAUAUCGAUGAUAAUAAUGCGAUUGUUUCCUCUGUCAUGGAUUAUGUUUUGCCUGUAUAUGGAAAAAGAGUCGAUAAAUUGUCUCAAUAGCAAUGUUGGUCAGAGUGGCCUACAAUGA